GGAGGGGGGAGGCGGAAGAAACGAUCGCAGCACGUGCUGCCGCGCGGUAUAUACCGCUGUUACCUGUACAAAAGCGCCAAUUGAUCAAACUCGGUCUUUUUACGCACGCCAAAAGUAAGUGAGCGCCCACCUAGGCAACAGCAUUGUAUAGUCAUCGGUUUUGUUUGCGACGACAAGUGCAGUUGCAGUCCGCCCGCCGACCGUCGUCGUCGUCGUCGUCGUCGUCGUAAAAUAUCAAAUUUUCGUCACACCGCGACACUGCAGCUGCGCAUUAUACGUAUCAUCGAUAUUUCCAUAUUAUAUCGCAUAUGAAUAUACAAUCGCGUAUUUAUCGUUAAUAAUAUUAAUGUAUCGCGGCUACGGCGAGUCCACCAUGAGGGCCAGCGGUUUUCAAAGGUUCGAUUCCUUCGCGAUGGACAAACAUUUCAGCGACGCGUGCCGGCAGUCGAUGGAACCAAAAAUGAUUAAGGAAGAAGCGAUUGAACAACGGGAUUCCAGUAUCAUCACGGACGAUCCGGCGAUAAAUAACAACAAUAACAAGGAAUCCGCAUUCAGAAUUCACAUUCGUAAAUCAAAAAUCAAAUCCAAAGACGCUGGAUUCUCGUCGACGUCCACUAGCGAUUCGUCGGGCGAACACUUGCUGAGCCCCACCCACCCGUUACCGACGCGAAUCGACGUCGAAUCCGAAAGUUCGAGUCCGCCGUCCGACACGUUCAGAAAUCACUCCAAACUCAAAAGGUUUCUUACCACCCUGGUGCAGUUCAGUGGACAGAUAUCGCCGCAGACUAGUGAACGAGUUAAGGGUCAGAUAUUCACCCUAGUGAACAAUUUGAUAAGUGUUGAAGAAUUUCAUCAUAUUAUACAAGAAAUGACAAACUUCCCGUUACGACCAUUCGUACUGCCGUUUUUAAGGACUCACCUGCCUUCGCUACAACGUGAUCUGCUGUUAAUGGCCCGUAACAACAAACAGACGUUAAGCCAAUACCUGAAGCAGCACGAGAACGCGUACUUGGACAGAGACUCGCAGGCCACCGAACCGUCGGAGAUCUUCCACCAGGUGGAGCGCGUCCCGCCGCCGUCGCCGAUGCCGCGCGAGAACAACAACAACAACAACAACAACAACAACGGAACCAACGCCAACAACAACGGCGGCGGCGGCCACAAGCGGCCGUACCCGUUGGCCGCCGACGGAUACUACGAGACCGGUUACGCGGCCGACAUGGAGUACCAGCAGCAGCCGUGCGUCAAGCGGCCGAAUCUCGGGUAUGCCAUACCGUUCAUGUACCAGCACCCGCACAUCCACCCGCAGGAACCACCGCCGCCGCCGCCACUGCCGCCGUCGCACCCGUACAACAUACUGCCACUGCUGCACAUCCGCGAGGUGGAGGACCACAAGGGUCACGUGGAGGACGAAUGGAAGAACAUUCACGUGAUGUUGAACUGUAUACUGAGCAUGGUGGAGAAGACGAAAAAAGCGCUGGGUAUACUCCAGGAGCGCGGCAUGACCGAGACGAGUUUUCCGGACUGGAACCGGAAGAAAACGACCGAAGAAAUUCUGGCGCAGACGGUGCGGCACACGGAAGAAAAGAUAGAAAUCAUCAAAAAGAAAGCUGAGGAUUCGAUGAACGAGAUACGACAUCAGGCCAUGAUAGAGCUGCAAAAGCUCGUGUUGGCCGCCGAAAACAAAAUGAUCGAACUGGUGGCCGCGGAGAGGACGAAAAUUAGCGGUAACUGCAGGAGCUCAGCGGCCGCGGCCAGUCUGCAGAUAUCGCCGUCGCUGAUUUCGCAGUACAACAGCUGUUGGAACUGCGGCCGGAAGGCGAACGAGACGUGCAGCGGGUGCAACACGGCGCAGUAUUGCAGUUCGUUCUGUCAGCACAAGGACUGGGAGACGCACCACCAGACGUGUUGCGUGCACUCGGCCGCGGCGGCCACCGCGGCCACCGUCGACGCGGCCUCGUCGCCCGGCAAGAGACACCACCAUCAGCAGCAGCAGCCGCCGCCGCCGCCGCCGCCGUCGUCAUCGUCAUCGUCGUCAGCCGCAGUCGCGGCCGCUUCGUCGUCGGCGGCAGACGAUCUGUCCGCAAACCGAGCGCAAUCGGUGGUGGCCGCCGCCGCCACGCCGUCGUUGUCGUCGUCGUCGCUUAAGGCAGACGAACAUGCGUCGGCCGCCACUGCCACUGUAGCGGCGCCGGCGGCGACCGCGACGAACGCCGCCACGACCACUUCGACCACUAACACGACGACGACCACCGCGGCCGCCGGAUCGAAACAACAACAACAACAACAAUAGCAACUCGGCGGCGGCGACGUGGACGACGACGACGGCGACGACGACUGCGGCCCAGCCGCCGGACCCGCCUCCUCCCGUCGCCGUCACCGACGCCGCCACCACCAUCACCGCCAAAACCUGCACCGCAGACGAGUCGAAGCGGGCCUUCUGGCCUGCAGCACCGCCGGCCUCGUACCGCGCGGGGAAUACUACCUGCAGUAGGGGCGAUGGAACCACGACCGGGGUUUAGAAACCACUAACUAGGCAAUGAACUUCGUCAGCCAAACAAGUUACUUAAAAUGACCAGAGUAUAAAAAACGCAAUAUUAUAUGCCCUACAAUAUACAGUGGAACAUCGACAAUUCGAACGUCUACAACUUACAGGUCAAAUCGUGGACGACUCGGAGGAAUGCUUCGGCCCAUCAUGCGUUUCAAUAUGUACAUACAAUUUUUUCUCUAACUCGUGUUUACGAAAAAACGAAUUUUUUUUUUUUGUCCCCUAUACCCGAUCCGAGUUAUCGAGGUUUCACCGUACGCAUGGAAAACCUCGACCGAGCAACAACUUCUUCUCGUGCUUUGUCGGUUUUAAAACCAUAUCGUAAAUAAGAACAAACCGUUUCGAGCAGCAUGUCUAUUGAGUUUCUAAGCGAGGUAACCCGUACGACUAGAAUGAUUAUUAUUAAAAAAAAAAAAAACGAAAAACUUUAUCGUAAAAAUUAUAAUAUUAUUGUAUAUUAUUUUAUUUACUAAGAUGUAGUACAUAAUAUUAUACCUGUAGAGCACAGAUAAGCAGUCCUGUAAAGAAUACUUUUAAAAAGUAUUUGAGUAAAUACUCAAAUACAUUUUUUUUAAAGUUAUUUUUAGAGAUACUACUCAAAUACUUUAAUUGUAUAGUACCUAUUUCAAAAUAAUACUCAAAUACUUUUGGUUUUUAAAGUAAGUUCUUAAUUAUCGUAAUAUAGUCUACAGACCCAGUAGGUUCAUAAACAUUGUUAUUUUAUUUAUUAUUUAUUCAUUACAUUACAUUAUUAUUUAUUACAAACCUUCGGGCUUUGGCUAACACAGAAAUACAGAAUAUUAAAUAAAACUAUUAUUCUAUUAUUUUAGUUGACAAUAAUAUUUUUCCAAACAAAUAUUUCGAAUAAAAUGUCGAAAUAAAAAACCAAAGUAUUCAAUACAAACGAGUAUUUAAUACAAAAAAAAAUAUUUGAAAUACCAUUCAAAAUACUUCACGUUGAAUGUAUUUGAAUAACUUUUUCUCAAAUACUUUUACUCAAAUACUUUACAGGGCUGCAGAUAAGACGCACAACACAUUAUCUCGUGUCGUUGUUGUAUCUGCCGGCAUAACAGUGCAUAUAUAGGACCACAGCGUAUUAUACAAAUACCGUACAAAUGUGUACAACAGUUAGAUAAUUCGUUUCGAAAAAUAAUAUUACAUGCCUGGACGCUCAGAGCUAGAGCCUAGAAUUAAGUUGUCGCCACCUGUUUGUGAGCACAGCCACCGUACGAAUAGACCGCAUAACUGUUUGUAUUGCUUCUCAAAAUACGACUUCCCCGCAGCAGUAGUAUUCCCUUCGAAAAAAAUUCUACACCCAAGUCACCGUCAUUAUAGGUAUAUAAAAUAUCGUAUAUUGUAAGAUAACAUUUAAGUCAAUAACACAUUCACGCACUCUUGUCACAUAUACAGCUAUAUAAUUAUAUACUAUAGGCAAAGCCGGGCAAGUUAACAAUUUUUUUUAACAAAGUUGAGUUAAAUUUAAAUUUACUCAUAUUUUUUUUCGUUAACUCGUUAAUAAAUAAUAGUUUACUUUGAAAAAAAAAGUAACUUAACUUGGUUUAAAGUUAAAAUUUUCUAAUUUGCAAAUAUAAAAAAUUCCAGACGUAUAGUAUGGUUCAUUAGACAGUUUUUCUUUACGGUCAAUUACUGGCCAAAUUUAAAAUGACACAUCAAAGUAAAAACCUCAUUCAAAAAUUUGCAUUAUUCUUCAUAUGAAAAUAUUAACUUAACUUAGAUAAUUUUGAUUAAAAUUAACUUAAGGUUAACACGUUUAUCUUAAAAAAAUAACUUAUUAAGUUAAAAGUUAAUUUAAAAAAAAAUUAACGAGUUAAUUAACUUAAUUAAAAUUAACUUACGGAGAUUCGAUUCCGUGAUUUUCUGCUUUUGUCUAACACACGCGCGACAUAGAUAUUUCGAAAAUUCAAUUUAAAAAAUGUAAAGAUGUUUGUGUUGGUACAAAAAGUUUACUUUGCAUCUCGGUCGGAGCACUUUUUCAAUUUUAGCAAACUCUUGACGAGAAUAAAUGUUUUACAUUUUAUAAAUUUAUAAAUUUUUAGUAUUGAAUAUAUUCAAAAAUAUCUAAAAUAUAAAAAAUAUGCUCCGACCGAUGCAAAGUAGACUCGUUGACCAAUUAAAUCGUCUUUAAAUUUUUUUAAAUCGAACCAAUAGAAGUACUUUAAUUUUCGUCAAUAGCUAAGGUCGUUUCGAUGAAAAAUUAAUUGAGUUUGCAGGGGCCUUAUCGUUGUGACUUGAUUUUAACUUUUAACUCGUUAAUGCCCAGCCCUGACUAUAGGUGUAUAAUAUAUAUACAAUAUUUACUACGAAUGAUAUAUUUAUGUUAGGUAUAUUAAUAAUAGGUAUAUACCUAUUUUCUUUUACUUAAUUACGUAUGAUAAUCUUUCCAUUUUAUGUCUCGGAAUUAAGAUUAUAGCAAUUAUUGUGUUAUUUCUAUUAUUAUUAUGUGUUAUUACGAUUAUUACUUACCUAUUACUAUUAUUAUUAUUAUUAUUAUUAUUAUUAUUAUUAUAGUUAGUCGUUGAUCUCGUUUUUAAGCUUUUUUUUCUCACAUUUGUCUAUACAGAACAAUAAUACAAUAUAACGGCACCGUUAUUUCAAUAGUCUAGUCAAUUUUGUUGCCGACCCGUUCGAAGCAACAAAGUGCGCACAUCACAUUGUUUUUUUUUUUUUUUUAUCAAUUCUGUAAAUAUAAAAUAUUACUAUAUUAUAUAGUUGUAAACAUAAUAUAAACAAUAUUAUGCAAUUA